CAAUGAGUGGUGCUAGAGUCCCUUAGUUACAUUUGUGUCGUAGCUCUGCUUUAAUGUUUGAAGGGGAAAACUUUCUGUGUUAUUAUUGUAUUUACUUCAUCGCUUAACUACAGUGAUCUUCGUCAAGUAGUAAAAUGACUCUGGACUCUGAACUGGAUCGUUUGAACACUUUCAUGACCGAGCGCUUGAUGGAGGCUGUGAAGGAGAUCAUCCUCACUGUCGGCAGGACGGUGCGCGAUUAUGAAGAGGAAACGGAGCGAGUCCGAAGCGAAAAUAAACGGCUAAAAGAAAUGUUACGUGUCUCCGGAUGCUUCCAUGAACAAACAAAUGCUGGUAUGGCUGUUUAAAGCUCUUCAGUCCUGUCAGCCUGUUUCUCCUGGGCAGCCCACGUGGAUUCCCAGCCAGAAAGAGGAUCCAGAAUCCCUCAAAGAGAUCCAACAGAACCAGAGACAGAGCGAACAAUACCCGCACAUUAAACUAGAACAGUCUGUUUACUCGGACGACACCUGGCAAGAACCUGCAGACUCACCAUCAAACAUCAACAAGGAUUCGCUCUUGUGUGUGUCUGAGACAAAUCCUGCUGAUGAUGAAGUGACAGACUUGCCAAUCAAAGAUGAAUUCAUAAACCCAAACUGUUCAGGCAAUGAGGAUGAAUAUCCGAUUUGGUCACCACAUAGUCCAGACCUCCCUUUAGGCACAGUGGACCUCCCCAGAUCACAACACCAAGAUCAACCUACAUGCAUUACCAAUAAAUCUCCUUCCACUUUAUUAAAGCACAGCAGUUUAUCUAGUAAUGUCCAUCAGAUUUUAAAUCGCAACGUAUUGUGUACCAAUAGCUCCAAAUGUCACAGUAAUUGCUGUGAAUUGCAAAAGAAGAAAAUAGCUAAAUUUAGCCCCGUAUGGAAGUAUUUCUCUUUAAAAGAUGGAGACUGUAGCAAAGCAGUGUGCCUUGUGUGUAAAGUCGUCAUAUCCCGUGGUCGCAAAGAGUACACCACGACAGCCCUUCUAAGGCACCUUCGCAUAAAACAUGGUAAAUGUUGACAUUAUCAUUUGUCAUCUAAGAAUUUAUUUGUAAUGUAGGAAGUCAAGCACGUUGUCUUUGUACCACUAAUGCUCAGUGCAUUUAAGUUAUGUUUUGAGACGACAUGGACGAUUCACCAAGUCCUUACAAAGGUUUUGAUGACUCCCAAAUUCUGAUUCCAUAAAUGCCUCACAAAAAACUAAUGUGGAUGGCUCCUGAUAAUUAAUAAAUUAUUAAACUAAUAAAGAAAUGGCUCUUACAAUGUUAAUUCACAAAGGACAAAUUUGCACAUUUUCAACAUAAUUUAAUAAAUAGAAAGCCAAUAUAUGUUUUAAAGUCUACAGAAAUAAAAUGAUUUAUUGGUCAGAGUCCUGCACCUCAUACUGCAGGGGGUUGUCUGUGUUUGCUCUUUCAAGGACCAAGAAAGUGUAUGCUUGAUAAAGACAAGACGUUUAGAUUAUAUUUGCUAAUACUCAUUUUAAUAUGUGUUUUGAAUUAUUUAAGGCUUUUUAUGUUAAAUUCACGAUUUAAUGUAUUACUAAACUGAAAAUGUCCUGAAUUGUUAUAGUGAGACUGCACUGCUUCCUCCGGGCCAGUGAGUGGUGCUAGAAUCCCUUUAGUUGUCAACCUUUGUGCGGUGGAUGUGCUUUAACGUUUGAAAGAGGAAACUUUCGCACGGUCGUGUCUCUGUGUUGUUAUUGUUUACGGUAUCGGGUGUAUUUACUUCAUCGUUUAACUACAGCGAUCUGCAUCAAGUGGAAAAAUGACUCAACUGGAUCGUUUGAACACUUUCAUGACCGAGCGCUUGAUGGAGGCUGUGAAGGAAAUCAUCCUCACUGUCGGCAGGACGGUGCUCGAGUACGAAGAGGAAACGGAGCGAGUCCGAAGCGAAAAUAAAUGGCUAAAAGAAAUGUUACGGGACUCCGGGUGGUACCCUGAACAAACAAAUGCAGCUCUUCAGUCCUGUCAGCCUGUUUCUCCCGGGCAGCCCACUUGGAUUCCCAGCCAAAGAGAAAGUCCAGAAUCCCUUGAAGAGAUCCAACAGAACCAGAGACAGAGCGAACAAUACCAACAAAUUAAACUAGAACAGUCUGUUUACUUUGACGACACUUGGCAAGAACCUGCAGACUCACCUUCAAACGACGACAACAACAGCAACAAGGAUUCACUCCUGUGUGUGUCUGACGCAAAUCCUGAAGUGAUAGACUUCCCAACCAAUAUCAAAGUUGAACCCACAUCCCCUAACUGUUCAGCUGACGAUAUAGGGGACACUGAGGAUGAAUAUCAGAGUUGGUCACCACAUAGUCCAGACCUCCCUUUAGGUGCAGCGGACCUCUUCAGAUCACAACACCAAGAUCAACCUACAUGCACUAGCAAUGAAGCUUCUCCCAGUUUAUUAAAGAAUAGCAGUUUAUCUAGUAAUGUCCCUCACAUUCAAAAUCACAAUAUUUUCUGUACCAGUAGCUCCAAAUGUAAAAGUAAAUGCUGUGAAUUGAAAAAGAAGGCAACACCCAAAACGAGCCCCGUAUGGAGGUAUUUCUCUUUAAAAGAUGGAGACUGUAGCAAAGCGGUGUGCCUUAUGUGUAAGGCCGUCUUAUCCCGUGGCCACAAAGAGUACACCACAUCACCCCUUUUAACGCACCUUCGCAUAAAACAUGGUAAAUGUUGACAGUAUCGUUUGUCAUGUGAGAAUUUAUUUGUAUUGUGAAACAUUACACCUCAAGGUUGUGUUCGCUGUAGCCUCUAUCAAAGAGGGAAUUUUCCUGAUAUAACUUUGAAUGGCGUGUACCUGGAGAAACAGCAACAACUUUAUCACAUUUUGGUGCUACAAAAUGGGAGACCAAUUUCGGGUCGCUUUGCUUUUGUUUUAAAGCUUGACCCACUUGACAUUUAUCAGAAGUGUGCAGGCUCUGUCAACUUCGAUGCAUCCAGGGGAAAAUGUGCUGGUGACGUAUCAGAUAUUGUUAAGGACGACACUGGAGAAACCACUGCAUUUACAAAUCAAGAUACAGAAACAAAGAGACUUCCAAGUCUAAGAAGCAGCAGCAAGUUUCCCAAAGAAGCUCAAGAUAUGAUAACUUGAAAUUAUAUGAUUACAUUUUAGUCUUCUUUAAAAUAAAAGAAAUAAGACAUGUUAUUAUUUGUCGUGUAAAUGUUUGACAAUAGACUUUAUAGAUGUGUUAAUCAUAUAUGUUAAAUACAUUUUCAGAAACUAAUUAUUUAGCCUAUUGUUUUGUAAAACUAUGUGAAUUAAUUUUCUUUAGAUGAGAAGUUAAUAAGAAUAAAAUCAAAGUUCUGAGGAAUUAA